CCUCGCUGUCUGCCUCGGCCUGCGCCGCCGCCGCCUGUGGGUCCGGCUUCGCUCCGUCCGCUCCGCCGCCUUCUUUCCUGCGCGCUGCCCGGCCGGCCGCCAUGGCGAACGUGGCCGACACGAAGCUGUACGACAUCCUGGGCGUCCCGCCCGGCGCCAGCGAGAACGAGCUGAAGAAGGCAUACAGAAAGUUAGCCAAGGAAUACCAUCCUGAUAAGAAUCCAAAUGCUGGAGACAAAUUCAAAGAAAUAAGUUUUGCAUAUGAAGUUCUCUCCAAUCCUGAGAAGCGCGAGUUAUAUGACAGAUAUGGAGAGCAAGGUCUUCGGGAAGGUAGCGGCGGAGGUAGUGGCAUGGAUGACAUCUUCUCUCACAUUUUUGGCGGGGGAUUGUUCGGCUUCAUGGGCAACCAGAGCAGAAGUCGAAAUGGCAGGAGAAGAGGAGAAGACAUGAUGCAUCCCCUCAAAGUAUCUUUAGAAGAUUUGUACAAUGGCAAGACAACCAAACUACAACUUAGCAAGAAUGUCCUCUGUAGUGCAUGCAACGGUCAAGGCGGCAAGUCUGGGGCCGUUCAGAAGUGCGGCGCUUGUCGGGGUCGAGGUGUGCGCAUCAUGAUCAGACAGCUGGCUCCGGGAAUGGUGCAGCAGAUGCAGUCUGUGUGCUCCGACUGCAAUGGAGAAGGAGAGGUAAUUAAUGAAAAGGACCGCUGUAAAAAAUGCGAAGGGAAGAAGGUGAUUAAAGAAGUUAAGAUCCUUGAAGUCCACGUGGACAAAGGCAUGAAACAUGGACAGAGAAUCACAUUCACUGGGGAAGCAGACCAGGCCCCCGGAGUGGAACCAGGAGAUAUUGUUCUUCUGCUACAGGAGAAGGAACAUGAGGUGUUCCAGAGAGAUGGGAACGAUCUGCACAUGCCAUACAAGAUCGGGCUCGCUGAGGCUCUGUGUGGGUUCCAGUUCACAUUUAAGCACCUCGAUGCCCGUCAGAUUGUGGUGAAGUACCCCCCUGGCAAAGUAAUCGAACCAGGAUGUGUCCGUGUAGUUCGAGGUGAAGGAAUGCCACAGUAUCGUAAUCCCUUUGAAAAGGGUGAUCUCUACAUAAAGUUUGACGUACAGUUUCCUGAAAACAACUGGAUCAACCCCGACAAGCUCUCUGAACUCGAAGACCUUCUGCCGUCUAGACCAGAAGUUCCUAACGUCAUUGGAGACACAGAGGAGGUAGAGCUUCAGGAGUUCGAUAGCACUCGGGGCUCGGGAGGCGGCCAGAGGCGCGAAGCCUAUAAUGACAGCUCUGACGAGGAGGGCAGCAGCCACCACGGCCCCGGAGUGCAGUGUGCCCAUCAGUAGAUGCCGCAGGCAGGUGCGCAGGUGGACUUGCCCUCCGCGGUUGCCCGGUUGAUUGUCAGCCAUCCAGCUGGAGUGUCUGAUCAUCCAGAUGAACUGAUGGACAGCUGCUGGUCUAUGUGUAACUUUUAAAAUUGGUAUAGUAUCUACAGAGUGUAUAAUUUAAACUAACCACAAAGCUUUACAUCUUCAUUUCGACUGUUCUGUAGCAGAAUAAAGCACUUGAAAGGAAACAAGACUCCCUUUCACACCUGGGUUAUAAGUUUCAGUCCUGAUAUCUGUGCUUGAUUUUUAUCAGUUUUGUGUAGAAUUUAUGUUUCAUAUUUUGAAGUCAAAUCCCACAUUGUAAAGUUUGUGUACAAUUUGUCCUGAAGCUUUGUGUUUGGCUGCACCUGCAUAAGCUGCUACAAAUAGAAUAAAGAAUUUCAUAGCCUGUAUCUAUCAUUUGGAUGCAUGGAAAACGGGCUUUGCACACAGUGGGUUUGGAGCUGACCGGGAACAAUGGAAAGAAAUUACUUUAGCUGUGGUUGUAAAGUUUUUUUGUUUUUUGUUUUUUUUUCAAACCAUCUUGUGAAAGGUUUCUGGAACUCGAUAAUAAAAAGCAGUUGGUGUAAAUUA